AUGGGAAGGAGAAACGCGAGGAAUUCGAAUAGGAAGGUUAGAUCUAAGGAUAAGGGUUCAGAUGAAUCAGAUGAGGAUUACGAGUAUGCAUCGUCGCUAGACGGUGAAGCUUCGUUUGAUGGUUUCGAUGCGGUGGAGGACGAGGUGGAAGAAGAGGAAGAUGUGAUUUUAAGGAAUGUUGAGUGGCCAAAAGUGAAAACUGGUCCUCGUGGUAAUCGGAAAAUCACGGGGUGUAAGUCGAGAAAGAUGAAUCAGGUUGUGUCUGAUGACGAAGAUGCGGAUCUUGAUGAUGCGGAUGCAGAAGAGGAGGAGAAAUGCGGAAUAAUAGACGAGGAAGAGGAGGAAGAAACAAUUGCAUCUAACAGAAGAUCACUGAAGGUUUGUAAGAAGAACAAGCGAAAGCAAAGAUCUGGAGGAGGGCGUAAAAGAAGAAAGAAAAGCUCUGUUGCAAAAACCCGUUUAACAAAGGGGACAAAGAGACGUGGGAAAGAAACAAAGAAAGGCACAAGAUCGUCGAGGCCAAGAUGGCGGUGUACCGUGGCAUCAGAUUCAGACAUUGCGUCAUCUGGAGAAUCUGAUUAUGAGUACACAAUCUCGGAGGAGGAAAGAGAGCAGAUUAGAGAAGCCAGUAGUUUGUUGAGAAGUAGUGUGAAGCAUAUAAGACAAACUACUGUCAAUAAAGAUUUGCCUCAGCUUCUUAAGUCUCCUGUGAAGAAAGGUGAAAAGAAGGUAGAGCUAGUGAAAAAAGAUGUGAUGAAAAACGUUUGUGGGAUUUGUCUGUCUGAGGAAGACAUGCGAAGAUUGAAGGGAACAUUGGACUGCUGUAGUCAUUACUUUUGUUUCACUUGCAUAAUGGAGUGGUCGAAAGUAGAAUCUCGUUGCCCACUAUGCAAGCAGCGGUUCAGAACAAUCAGUAAGCCGGCUAGAUCUACACCUGGAGUAGAUUUGAGAGAAGUUGUGAUACCUGUACCUGAACGGGAUCAGGUCUAUCAACCGACUGAGGAAGAGUUGAGGAGUUAUCUUGAUCCCUAUGAAAAUACAAUAUGCACGGAAUGUCACCAAGGUGAAGAUGAUGGGCUUAUGCUGCUUUGUGAUCUUUGUGAUUCAUCUGCCCAUACGUACUGUGUUGGUCUUGGAAGGGAAGUACCUGAAGGAAACUGGUACUGUGAAGGCUGUAGACCUGUUGCACUUGGAUCAGCUAGUUCCCAAAUGCAUACUACAUCCGAGCAACAAAGGGUCAGUGGCUUUUAUAGUAGACCAUCACCUCUUGUAGUUUCAGGGCAAUAUCAAGACGCGUCUUUGCUAGUCUCCCCACGUACACCAUUUUUCAAUGGAGAGCACCUUUUUUCUCCAAGGCUUCCUAAUGGUGAUGGUCAAGGUUCUUCUCCAUCUGGCUUAGGGGCAACAACAUUGUCAAGAAGAAGGACGCUUCAUAGACACAUACAAAAUAUUAUCAACAGUGAUAGACUUAUUAAUAUGGGUAGUAGAACUGGUGGAACAUCGAUUGGUAACUUGAGUGAUGGUUAUAUGACUACACAAAUUGGUCAUGUAAGAGAAACAGAAGCGUCUCAACCUGCAGCGACCCAAGAAACAGGGAUGUCGUUGUAUAGAAUCUCUGAGGAAAGACUACCCAAUAACCAUUCAUUGGUUUCUUCUCAUGACCCUGAGCUUUUGUCUCCAAAAUUAAAUCAUGUUGGAAGUGAAGAAGCAUUCAGACGUUUGUCUAAUAAUACAUUUCUUGGCGAUCGACCUAUUGAUUUAGGAUUAAGACAUGGACUGGUUCAGGGUGAUCCCUUGUUUGGUAAUCAACAACAUCUACCCAGCUACAUGCCAAACACAAUGUCUUCCACGGCAGGAGAAAGAUUGCAACAAAGAGUUAGAGCCCAUCUCAAGAACUUGUCCAGUCAAAUCGACUUAGUUCUUGUGUAUACUGGCACUAUGUUCUCUCAGGUCAAGCCACGUUUGACGAGAUUUCCACGUGCUCAAUACACACGAUACUGGCAGCUUGUGGACUGGAACACAAGAGCAGCGAAGUCCAUCUUGUUCCGCCACCAGUGGCGUGUCCACACGAUUAUAUGA